UACUCUUUAUUCUUGGAGACUAGCGACUAGUCCCUGCCUGCCUUUGGCUUUGGCUCUAGCUCUUCCAAAUCUGUCUCUUUCUUUUUCCAGUUCAGAACACCCCCCAAAUUUGUCAGUAUAUAUAUAUAUAUAUAUAUAUAGUUGUAUGUAUACUUAUCUUGGCCAAGAGCUGUAUGAGAUAUUCAGAGAAACAUAGAGAGUUGUUCAUGCUCAAAGAUUCAAACUUUCCUCUCUUUUUUUCUUCCCAUAUAAGAGGUUCUAAGAUCCACCUUAAUCCUGGAUUCUUGUUUUUGCUGGGGCAAGAAAAGAUUCCAUUUUUUCAAAGGGUCUUUGAGUAUUCAGUCUUGGUUGCUAAUAGUGGCUACUUGGGUGUUUUGUCAGCUAAAGAAUUGGCCUUUUAUCUUUUUCUGUCUUGGUAAUUUGUCAUCAUCUUUCUGUUAUUGUACAAUUCUUGAACAAAUUGCUGCUUUAAGAACCGGCCAGCUUGCUGCAAGGCUGCAACCUCUAAUGCUUUGAAGGAAGUCUUUUAUUCUUGAGAUAAGUGAAAUUCUUUUAAGAAAUUCCAACUUUGGUUUCUUGGAAUGUGCCAAGAAUCAAGAUGGUCUGUUUAUUUACAGAAGUUAGAGCACGAAGUUUGGAUUUUGGGCAUACCCAUUUGAAAAUGUCUUGGAUUCACCAUAAAAAAAGUGGUGUCUUUGCACAUGCCCCUUCUCCAUCUUCCCCAUCUCAUUCUUCAUUUGGUGCAAGUUCUAAUUUUCACAAAGCACCAAGCCUUCCUCCAUCUUCUUCUGGGAACAAAUUUAGUCCAGCUGUUCUUAUCAUUAUAGUCAUACUAGCUGUUAUCUUUUUCAUAUCAGGUCUUCUCCACUUGCUUGUUAGAUUUCUUAUUAAACACCCUUCUUCUUCUUCCUCACCAUCAUCAUCUCAGUCUAAUAGACAGCCAGAAGUUUCUAGCUCUGAGGCCCUGCAAAGACAAUUGCAGCAGCUUUUCCAUCAACAUGACUCUGGUCUUGAUCAAGCUUUUAUUGAUGCAUUACCUGUCUUUGUGUACAAAGAGGUUGUUGGUCCUACUAAAGAGCCCUUUGAUUGUGCUGUUUGUUUGUGUGAAUUCUCUGAAAAGGACAAGUUGAGAUUACUCCCAACUUGCAGCCAUGCUUUUCAUAUCAACUGCAUAGAUACUUGGCUCGUAACAAAUUCAACAUGCCCCUUAUGUAGAGGAACCCUUUUCGAUCCCGGAUUCUUAACUGGUUUUGAUUUUGAUGACUCCAUAGAAGAAGAUGGAUGUGCUGGUAAUAGAGAUCAUGUGCUGUCUGCUGCUCAGAAAACAAUUGAAAUUGAGGAAAGUGUAGUGGAUAAAGCAACCUUUCCUGUUAGACUUGGUAAAUUUAAAAAAUUAAAUGUUGGGGCAGAGGAGGGAGAAGGAGAGAGUAGUAGUAGUAAUUUGGAUGCUAGGAGAUGCUAUUCAUUGGGAUCAUAUCAGUAUGUGGUUGGUGAUUUUAAUCUUAUGGUAGACUUGAGCAGUGAGCAAAACACGUACAAUGUGAAGCUUGCCAAGUUGCGUGAACGGUGUGCCAGUUUAUCAAUAGAAGGUGAUGGGGAAGGGAAAAGGAUAGGUAUUGGAACGAAGACGGAUAGCUUCUCCUUUUCCAAGAUUUGGCUUUGGUCGAAGAAGGGUAAAUUUGCAAGUUCUUCAGAAUCUCAAUUGGAGAAUCCACGUCCUAAUAUGGACUUUCCAUGGUUGGCAAAAACAGAAGGCAAUUAAAGGGCAUUCUGGUUUGGUUUCUUUGUUGAUCUUUUUGUUAUAUGAUGGCAUAGAUGUAAUGAGAUUCCUUGAGAUGCUACAUGUUAAAAAGCUUAGAUUGUUGAGUUGAUCCAUACUUGUAUGCUGUGAUUGCUUGUAUUUGAUUUUUAUCUCUUGUAGUCCUACAACAUAUUCAUCUCUUCUUGAA